CUUAUCACACAGUAAAUAAUCGCGCUGUGAGUAUUUUUAAACAUUGCAUAUUCACUAUUUGAAAACCAAAGUAUAAAAUUUAAACAUUUUCGUUUGCCAACUCAUCAAAUUCCCAACAGUUCAUAUUUGGAAAUUUUUUCUCGAAAAUCGUACUGGAAAAUGAUUAAAGCUACACGGUGGAAAAGAAGAUGAAUUUUCAUGUAUUUGCCACACAAUUUAUUGUAUUAUUUUAUUUAACAAAUGGCCAGUUAACGGAUUGUCCAGAACCUCUAAGGUGGCUUUGUAGACAGCAACAGAACUGUGGCGACUGCAUGCUUACCCAUAGCUGUUGCAAUUGGUGUUACGACGAGCGGGAUCUUACAUACAGGUGCGAUUUUAAAGAUACGCUGUCGCAAUGUACGAACUUGGAAAAGAACAAAAAAUCGUCAGCCAAAAUUGUGAAAAAGUUGCCAUUCACUGAAAUCAAAACUGCUGAAUCUGCGCUCAGUGCGAUCCAGAUCAGUCCGCAAUCGUUCAACAUUGUUCUGAGGAAAGAUGAGCCGGUCAAUUUAACAUUUACUUAUAAAGCAGCGAAAAACUAUCCUUUGGAGCUUUACUUUCUGGCCGACUUGAGUUAUUCCAUGAAGGAACAUUUGGAUACUUUGAAAAGUCUUGGUGAUAGUCUGGCACAUAGUUUGGAACAACUAACCAAGCACUACAAGCUAGCAUUUGGCUCAUUCCUGGAUAAGCCUGGAAUGCCGUAUAUUCUGGUGGAUCCUGCACAGUACCAGAAUCCCUGUAGAUCCAGCAGAGAAGAACGAUGCGACCAAACAUAUUUAUUCAAACACAGUCUCAACUUCACCGAAGAAAUCAGCCAAUUUUUCCAGCAGGUUAACAGUAGCAAAAUAUCGGCAAAUGUGGACGAUCUGGAUGGAGCUCUGGAGGCAAUUUACCAAAUUCUGGUGUGCGAUAGAAGAUUCGGCUGGUCUAAUUAUGCGCGCAAGAUUAUUCUGCUGUCCACCGAUAGUUUGCUCCAUAUAGAAGGCGAUGGCAUUCUAGCUGGCGUUAGCGAAGUAAAUAUCCAUGAAUUGUGCCUGGUUAAUAGCACUGGAGAUCACACACAGCCGUUGAAAUACGAUUUUCCGUCAGUAGGAACCAUUAAGAGGCUUUUGAGGAGGCAAAAGACAAAUUUAAUAGUCGCUGUGACAAAAGAUAAGAUUAAAAUGUACGAUAGAAUGAGAAAGGACAUUUUGCUGCAAGAAUCUUUCGUGGGGGAGCUGAAGAGUAAUUCCUCAAACAUCUUGGAUCUGGUCAAGGCAGGCUUUAAUGAGUUUAUACGCAAUGUAGAAUUCUCAGUCAACACUUCCUAUUCCUCGGAAUUAGACAUAAAAUUUUACGCAGAUUGUGAAAACACUGGUCAUUUUAUUGAAACUCCGGGAUGCCAAAAUGCGAAAGAAGAGCAGGAAAUCAACUUUAAAGCACAAUUCACGCUCACCAAAACAACCCCGGAAUAUUCGAAACAAGUUUUUAUCAGAGAAAAAAAUAUUAACGAAGAAAUUGAAAUUAACACAGAAUACAUUUCAGGAUUAUGCCAAUGUCCUAACGAUCAUUCAAAUAAAACCUGCAUUAAUGGAAUAAUCAAUUGCGGUUUAUGUGUAUGCGAUUUAGGAUGGAUUGGAUUGGAGUGUAAUGAAGAAUGCCAAGAAGAUCGCGAUUCUUGCAGGCAACAUGCUGAUUCGAUGACGUGCUCUUCCCGGGGAGAUUGCGAGUGUGGAAAAUGCAUUUGUCCGGAACCAUACAUGGGUGAUUUUUGCGAAUAUGAAUGCCCAGUAUCCACUAAAAACCAACUAAUAUGCAGCGGAAAUGGAAUUUGUUCAGCUGGAGAUUGCUUGUGCAAUAAAAAUUUUUCUGGUUUAGACUGUUCUUGUGAUAAGGGUACCAGCAAUUGCCGAUUGGGAUUUUCAAAUGAGACGCUGUGCAAUGGCAGAGGACAAUGUAUAUGUAACAACUGCGAAUGUUCCGAUGAAUAUUCGGGAACGUACUGCGAAAUUAUGCGGUCAAAUCAACCGGACUCUGAGAUCCAAAACGUCUUUUGCGAUAAAUAUGAGGCGAAUGUAACGAACUAUUUUACAGCGAACACAACCGACAAGUUGAAAGCUCAGAACGCGACUCGCAUGCUUCAGAUUGAAGAAGGAAGCAAAUCGGAUUAUGCUCAUUGUGGAGCCCAAAAAUGUUCAAACGUAUAUUAUCCCAACAAAACGCACAGAUGUACAGUAAAGUACUGUUACCACACUGGAUCUAAUAAUGUUGUACAUUUGAUGACAUAUGAAAAUCGUUGCGAUUUCAUGAUUACGACGCAAGCAAUGGGAAUUGGAUUAGCUGUUGGCAUAUUUGUUGCUGUGGUAGUAGGAGGACUGAUCCUAAUUAUGGUUAAAAAAUGGGACAUUCACAAAAAAGAGAAAGCCGAAUACAAGAAGUUUGCUGCUGCAAGUGCACAGUUCAAUGUGUCGAAUCCCCUUUACGUUUCUCCAGUUUCCACGUACGAGAACCCAAUGAGAGGGAAACGAAAUAAUUCGACAGCUGGAAAAUUGUAGUUAACAAAUAGGUUUGUUAGUGUUAAAAAGUUUAAUAAAACACUUGCUUAAU